UCUCUCUCUCCCUCCCUCUCUCUCUCUCUCUCUCUCUCUCUCCCUCCCUCUCUCUCUCCCUCCCUCUCUCCCUCUUUUCACUUCCCUCCCCUGUGUGAUAUAUGACAGGAUGUCUCCAUGGCGACAGGAUAAACAGAUGGUAAACAGCGCUCGGUGCUGCAGAGUUUCAGUUGCACCCUGAAGAAGAAGAAGACAGGACACACGGAGACACACGGAGACAGACGGAGAGACAGACACAGAUAUUUCCCGCCAUGGCAGAGAGCGCAGACAUGGAUCAGCUGAUGGCGUCUUUCAGGAAGUUCGCCGUCCACGGAGACACGAAGGCAACGGGCAAGGAGCUGAACGGGAAGAACUGGGCCAAACUCUGCAAAGACUGCAAGAUCACGGACGGGAAGAACGUCUCCAGCACCGACGUGGACAUCGUCUUCUCCAAAGUCAAACAGAAGACGUCCCGCGUCAUCACCUUCGAGGAGUUCCAGCGAGCGCUGGAGGAUUUGGCCCCAAAAAGGUUCAAAGGUCAGAGCAAAGAGGAGGCUCUGGAGUCCAUCUUUAAACUGGUGGAGGGACGAGGACCGAGCAACGUGGGAGUCACGAAAGUGGCGAAGGUGGCAGCGUUGGACCGUCUGACCGACGCGUCCCGUUACACGGGCUCCCACAGGGAACGCUUCGACGAGAGCGGCCGGGGCAAAGGUCGCGAGGGCCGCGAGGACACGGUGGAGAACACGGGCUACGUGGGCGCGUACCGGGACGCCGGCACGUACGACCACAAGACCAAGACCGAGAAAUAACAGGAAGUACCUGCAGCAUCUGGUCCGGACCAAACCAAUGAGAGGGGUGUGUGUGUGUGUGUGUGUGUGUGUGUCUGUGUGUGUGUGUGUGUCUGUGUGUGUGUGUGUGUGUGUGUGUGUGUGUGUGUGUGUGUCUCUGUGUGUGUGUGUGUGUGUGUGUGUGUGUGUGUGUGUUUAGUUAACAUGUAACAUUUAGCAGUCGUGUUCUUAUUUUAAGAUGAAUGUCUAAACUGGACUGGA